AUGAAGACUUCUCGGAUUUAUAACUCCUUGACAAGCAAAGCGACGGCCCAUCAAGAAUAUUACUAUACGAAGGUGCAACGACAAGUCUACUUUACCACCUCCAUCAAUCUAUUCGUCUCCCUUAUUUGCGUUUUCGUCGAAAUUUUCAUCUGGUGUGCGACCAAUCAUAGCGUAAAGCUUUUCCCGUGGUCACGAAUCCAUCCGUACCUGGUGGGCCUGUUCUUCUUCCUCAACCUCUUCUUUCACUGCAUUCUCCUUCUCGGCGCCAGAAAAUUGUCCGUUAUGACGUUGCGCAACUAUAUCCUGCUGCAGGGCUUCUUCGGGCUGAUGGCAAUGUCUUUAAUUGUCGUUCUGACGGCCGUCAACUUGAAGAAUCAUGGCGCCGGGAUCGAAGGAUACGGGAUCUUGCUGAAUCGUUUCUUCUUCGCCGGCCUCUCCCUUCUCUCCUUCAUCUCUGCCGUCAAAAUGCUAAAAAUUGCCGUGCACGAGCGGUCGAAUGACGCC